AUGAAGUUCACGCAGGUCUUCCUCGGCUACUUAUUCGCCUCAGCGAAUGCUAUUAACCCACCAUCCAAUAACAACAAAUUGCCCACCCACCAUGGUAGAGCCAAAUGCGAGCAGGCAUGCACUACUCUUGCUUCCGAGUUUCCGGGCCGCCUUCAUUACAAGGACAGCGACUCCAGCUUCACGAUCUGGGACCAGAAGCAAUUGGAGACCAGGUAUAUUUGCCGCGUUCAACCUCAGUCUGCCAGCGAGGUCUCUAGAAUCUUGCAGGUUCUUGUGGGAAAUUGGUGUAGAUUUGCUGUCAAGUGUGGAGGCCAUUCUCGAUUCCCAGAUGAUUCGGUCUCUCUUGGUGGAGUCACAAUCGACCUUGGCCUGAUCAACAAUACCAUUGUUUCAGAGGACCGAAAGACUGCUCGAGUCGGCGGCGGAUCACUUAGUCGCCAGGUCUUUGCCUCUCUGGAUCCUUAUGGUUUGGCAUAUGUUGGCGGAAGAGUCGGACAAGUUGGCAUCGGGGGUUUUACUCUCGGCGGUGGCAGCUCUGUGCUCGCUGCGAAAUACGGAUGGGCGCUUGACAAUGUCCUAGAGUACGAGGUUGUUCUAGCUAAUGCCACAAUCGUGACAGCUUCUGAGAAUACUCACGCAGACCUCUACUAUGCGCUUAGAGGAGGCGGCAAUAACUUCGGCAUCGUAACCUCGUUCAAUGUCAGCGUGUUUCCUCAAGGCCCUCUAUACACCGGCUCGCGUACCUUUGGCGACAACCAGACAGGUUUGGUGCUUGCAGAGGCUGAGAAGAUCUUUGCAAUCCAGGAUUACGAAGACACCUCUAUUGGCUUAGAGUACCGAUACACCUAUACUCAGCAGAGUGGUUGGAGUAUUUCAACCACCCAACGCUACGCAGAGCCUGUCCUAUACCCCCAGGUGUUUAACACUUUGAACAGCAUCCCUGCAUUAGGAAGUCUUGCUGGAGGGAUCAACAGUCUAGCAAACAGCACGAGUGGAGAGGCACCACUAGGAGUAACGAGGAACGUCUUUGCCACUCUGACGCAUUAUCCAUCUGUAGAACUCGGGAAAAGGGGCCUUCACAUUUUGAAAGAGCUUGUUGAAGGUAGAAACUUGACCAGGCUGAACCCACAGCUGAUUACUUACUCUAUCCCUGCUGCGGUAAUGAAGCUAUCCAAGGUACGGGGUGGCAAUGCUCUUGGCCUCAAUGCUGAGGGGCAUCUUAUUAUCAACCUAUUCUCUCUAAGCUGGACCGAUAGCUCAAUGGAUGAACCCGCUUAUAGCCUGGCAGAGGACUUUAUUGCAAGUUUCCAGGAGGCUGCUAAAAGCCUCAACGCAUUCCAUCCGUUCAUAUACAUAAACUAUGCGAAUAAGGGACAAGAUGUUUUCGAGGGUUAUGGCGAGGCUAACCACAAGAGGUUGACUGAGGUUCAGAAGGCUUUAGAUCCCCAGGGCGUUUUCACAUCUUCCGGGCUUUGGAUGGGCUUUUUCAAGGUGCGAUAA